AUGGUCCGGUUCAGUUCGGUCCACUGGUUUUUUGCGGUUCUAUGGACUGAACCUUUAAACACUAACAACAUUGAUCAGACCACCAACUGUGCCUGCGAUGGUUGUCAGAUUACAGUCAAACAGGAAGCACUUGACAUCAACCUUCGACAACCACUCAGAAAGCUCACGAGUUGGGUGAAGUUCAAGAUCUUGCACAAGCACUCACCAAUGAAGUUGAAGCAGAGAAAGAAAAUUGGCGGAAGUCAUUGGCUCGUGGGAAGGAACUACAGGCUCAACUCAAAGAACUCAAAACCGGUGGAGGGAAGAAGUCGAAGACACCUCAUACACACCACCCUCCACUGCUCCCUGAUGCCAGCUCGAGUGGCUGCGUUCACACCAUGGUGGAUCAUUGACACUCCUUGGAUUCUGCUGUUCAACAUGGACCUAACUACACGUAUGAAUUUGAGCUCGGACCUUGUGCCAUGCCAAUUUUUGGGGGGAAUCAAUGCUGUCAAUGAUAACGAGGAUUUCUGGACAAACCUCAACCCAAUUGACCUCAUGCUUGACAGCGAUACAUCUGGCUUUUGGGGUGACGAUCCCGCAACUGAUCUCUCAUUCGAUGGUAUGCUGUACAACUUCCCUGACACAUUCUUACCUCCUCCGUCAUUGUCUCUGCCACCGCCUUCACCCCUGCCACCUUCUUCACCACUUCCGUUGUCACCAGCCCUGCUGUCUUCUUCACCAGUGAAGGCUGUGGCUGCCAUAACCCCAGGUACAUCGACUGGUGUGGCUGCACAGGGAAAGCAUAGGAAGCGGGGGAGGAACGAGGUCGACAAGAGAGAUAUACUACCUCAAGGGACUUGGCGCUCUAAAGCGAAAGCACCCCCACAAGAGCCAAUUUGCAUUAUUGAAUGGCUGUCAUAG